CUUCCUCCUCUAUUUCAUCCAGUGUUCUUCCGUAUCUCCGUGGAAGUGAUAUUUUGAAGUAGAAAAACCCUCGAAAUAUUCACGAUUUAUACCAAUCGUCAGCAUUAAAACACUGUAUAGAUCUGCACAGUCAUUAUUGCUCAACAUUGAUAGCGAUCUCACUGCAAAACACUUGAUCAGAUUUUAAGAAAAUUAGGUGACCGAUAAAAAUUUGUUAAUUGACAACUAAUAGCCGUAAUAUUAUGGAAGAAGAAGAAGAAAAACUAGAACACGUAGAAAUUUCUGGUGGUGAUUCACUUCCUGAAGUAGGUGGAGGCAGUGGGUCGGAUUUAAGAGUGGAGACAUCUGAUUCAGAAAUCGGUACUGUUAAUAUAAACAUUGCAGAUGUUGUGGGAAGGGUUGAUUUUGAAAGUGGAUAUGUAGAUGAGGGCAUGUUUGAGCAGGUAUCAUUAGAUAAGGAGAAGAAUGUUGUGGAUCUGGAUAAUCUAAGGACCUCAUCUAGUGGAAAUGAGGAGACAUCUGGAGUUUCCAUUAAAGGGGGAACAAUGGAGGAUGAUUCUUCACUGGCUGUUGUUCAAGUACACCAGGAUAGUAAUGUCUCAAGCCGUGGAUCAGGGGGAAAAUCACCUCAUCUCUCUGAGCAAUCAUCUGCUCGGACCAGUUAUGAUUCCCCUUUAUAUGCAUAUGGGGAUCAUGGGCACUCACCUCCAAAACCUAAACCAAAACCCAUGCCAAAUGUUUCACCUGAGCUUUUGCAUUUGGUGGAUUCUGUUAUCAUGGGGAAGGCAGAAAGCAUGGAGAGCUUGAAGAACAUUGUAAGCGGUGUAGAAAGCUUUGGGGAUGGGGAAGAGGCAGAAAGCAUCGCGUUAUUAGUGGUUGAUUCACUUCUUGCCACAAUGGGUGGCGUUGAAUCUUUUGAGGAAGAUGAGGAUAAUAACCCACCUAGUGUCAUGUUGAACUCCAGAGCUGCUGUGGUAUCAGGCGAGCUUAUUCCUUGGCUUCCAUGGUUAUCAGAUACUGUCGGUUUCAUGUCCCCAAGAACACGGAUGGUUCGUGGAUUGCUUGCUAUUUUGCAAGCUUGUACAAGAAACAGAGCUAUGUGUUGUUCAUCAGGUUUGCUAGGGGUCCUUUUGCAGUCAGCUGAGAAGAUUUUUCUUGAUGAUUCAAGUAAGCAAUUGAAAUGGGAUGGAACUCCGUUAUGUUCCUGUAUCCAAUACUUAGCUGGACAUUCCCUUAGUGUAACGGAUCUGAACAAGUGGUUUUCCACAAUUACAAGAACAAUCAACACUCCAUGGGCAGCUCGAUUGAUGCUUUGUAUGGAGAGGGCUUUGGGCAGCAAAGAGUCAAGGGGUCCAAUGUCUUCAUUUGAGUUUGAUGGUGAAAGCUCUGGUUUACUUGGUCCAGGAGAGAGCCGUUGGCCUUUCCCUAAUGGGUACGCGUUCGCGACUUGGAUUUAUAUCGAAUCAUUUGCAGACACUUUAAACACAGCUACUGCUGCUGCAGCCAUUGCUGCAGCAGCAGCAGCUAAAUCAGGGAAAUCAUCAGCUGUGUCUGCAGCUGCUGCAGCCAGUGCACUAGCGGGUGAAGGUAUGGCACACAUGCCUCGGCUUUUCAGUUUCUUAUCUGCUGAUAAUCAGGGAAUGGAAGCGUAUUUUCACGCUCAAUUUUUGGUGGUUGAAAGUGGUAGUGGGAAGGGUAGGAAGGCCUCUUUACAUUUUACCCAUGCAUUUAAGCCACAAUGUUGGUAUUUUAUUGGUCUUGAGCAUACUUCCAAACAAGGGUUACUUGGUAAGGCAGAAAGUGAACUGAGAUUGUACAUUGAUGGAACCUUGUAUGAAAGUCGUCCUUUUGAGUUCCCUCGAAUCUCUAAGCCACUUGCUUUUUGCUGCAUUGGGACAAAUCCACCACCAACAAUGGCUGGUUUGCAGAGACGAAGACGCCAAUGCCCUUUGUUUGCUGAGAUGGGACCCGUGUAUAUCUUUAAAGAACCAAUUGGUCCAGAGAGGAUGGGCCAGUUGGCUUCUAGAGGUGGAGAUGCACUUCCAUCAUUUGGUAAUGCUGCAGGUUCACCAUGGUUAUCGACAUUUUCUCAUGUGCAAAAGGUUUCAGAAGAAAGUGCACGUUUAGACGCAGACAUUGCAGGGUGCCUGCACCUUCUAUACCAUCCUAGUCUACUAAGUGGUCGUUUCUGCCCCGAUGCUUCACCUUCUGGCGCUGCAGGAAUGCUUAGACGACCUGCUGAGGUGCUUGGGCAAGUACAUGUAGCUACAAGGAUGCGGCCUGCAGAAGCUUUAUGGGCUUUAGCAUAUGGGGGUCCAAUGUCUUUACUUCCAUUUGUAGUAAGCAAAGUUGAUAAUAAAAGUUUGGAGUUACAAAAGGGCGAUCUUGCUUUGUCAGUAGCCACAACUGCUCUUGCUGCACCAAUAUUUAGGAUUAUGUCACUUGCAAUUCAACAUCCAGGUAACAAUAACGAGCUGUGUCGUACUAAAGGGCCAGAGGUUUUGUCAGUUAUCUUAACCUAUCUUCUACAAACCUUAUCUUCACUUGAUUGUUCCAAGCAUGGAGUGGGUGAUGAGGAAAUCGUUGCAGCAAUUGUUUCUUUAUGUCAAUCUCAGAAGAAUAAUCAUGCACUUAAAGUGCAGCUUUUCAGUACGCUUUUACUGGAUUUGAAAAUUUGGAGUUUAUGUAGCUACGGGUUACAGAAGAAGCUUUUGUCUUCUUUAGCUGAUAUGGCAUUCACAGAGGCUUCUGUGAUGCGUGAUGCAAAAGCUAUUCAGACUCUUCUUGAUGGAUGCAGGAGAUGUUAUUGGACAAUUCGUGAAAAGGAUUCUGUAAAUACUAUAUCUAUUAAUGGAGCCACACGUCCGGUUGGUGAAGUGAACGCUUUAGUUGAUGAGCUUUUAGUACUUAUUGAACUUCUUGUGGGGGCCGCUCCUCCUUCAAUGGCUGUGGAUGAUAUUCGUUGUCUGCUCGGCUUCUUGGUUGAUUCUCCACAACCAAAUCAGGUUGCAAGGGCAUUGCACUUGAUAUACAGGUUGGUAGUACAACCAAAAGCUUCUAGAGCUCAAACAUUUGCAGAAGCAUUUUUAUCAUGUGGUGGCAUAGAAACACUUCUUGUCCUAUUGCAACGGGAAGCAAAAGCUGGAGAUUAUGAUGUAACAUUAUCAGACCCUUUGGUCAAUAAUGAAGAAUCUAAAGCCAAUGGUGGCGAUAGUUUGGAAAAUAGCAAUAAUGAUGAGUUGUCAUCUAACGAACCUCAGACUCAUACCAGUGUCAAUACCAUUCUCAUAGGGUCUAGAAUCGAAAGCAAGUCCUCGGUCUCUGAGAGUCAGUUAAAAAAGAUUUUGGGUGGUAUAAAUUUUUCCAUCAGUGCUGACAAUGCAAGGAACAAUGUGUACAAUGUUGACAAAAGUGAUGGUAUUGUCGUUGCAAUAAUUGGGCUAUUUGGUGCUUUAGUUAUUUCUGGGCAUCUGAAGUCCGGAUCUCAAGCUUCUAACGAUAUGACACGUGGCAUGCAUCGGUUGCUUGAGGGAGGGGGUAGCAUGUUUGAAGAUAAAGUUUCACUUCUACGUUAUGCUUUGCAAAGGGCUUUUCAGGCAGCGCCUAACAGGCUUAUGACUAACAAUGCCUACCUGGCUUUAUUGGGCGCCUCAUUAAAUGCAUCCACAACAGAUGAGGGACUAAACUUCUAUGACUCACAACAUCGCUUUGAGCACUCACAGCUUCUGUUGGUUCUUUUGAGUUCACUACCACAUGCACCAAAGUCUUUUCAGUGUCGCGCAUUACAGGAUCUUCUGAUUUUGGCUUGCAGUCAUGCUGAAAAUAGAAACAGGCUCACUAAGAUGGAUGAAUGGCCUGAAUGGAUCUUGGAAAUUCUUAUUUCUAAUUACGAGACGUCUGGGAAGAAUGCUUCAAUGUCUUCAAGCUUCAGAGAUGUUGAAGACCUUGUACACAGUUUCCUUGUUAUCAUGUUAGAGCAUUCCAUGCGUCAGAAGGAUGGAUGGAAGGAUAUUGAAGCUACAAUUCAUUGUGCAGAGUGGCUUUCUAUGGUAGGUGGAUCUAGCACAGGAGAACAGCGCAAAAGACGUGAGGAAUCAUUGCCCAUCUUUAAAAGAAGGCUCUUAUGUGGGUUGCUGGACUUUGCUGCUAGGGAGCUGCAGACUCAGACUCAAGUGAUUGCUGCAGCAGCUGCUGGUGUUGCUGCUUAUGGAUUACCACCAGAGGUUUCUAAGGCAGAAGCAGAGAAUGCUGCUCAACUUUCUGUGGCUUUGGUUGAGAAUGCAAUUGUGGUGUUAAUGCUUGUUGAAGAUCAUUUACGCCUACAAAGCAAGCUUUUUAGUUUUUCUCUCGUUCAAGGGGGUUCUGGUUCUUCUCUUCCAUCUGUGGUUCGUGUUGGCAACAGCACAAAUCUCCCCACAAUCCCAGAACCACUUGAAGCACGGGCGUCUUCUAAUGACUCUAGAACUCUUCCCCUUGAUGUGCUUGCGUCUAUGGCCGACACCAAGGGGCAAAUCUCAGCAACAGUGAUGGAACGGCUUACAGCUGCAGCAGCAGCUGAACCCUAUGACUCGGUUUCCUGCGCCUUUGUAUCAUAUGGAAGCUGUGCUGUAGACUUAGCAGAAGGUUGGAAAUACAGAAGUAGAUUAUGGUAUGGAGUCGGUCUUCCUUCAAAAGCUUCCGACUUUGGUGGUGGUGGCAGUGGGUGGGACGCCUGGAAUUCUUCUUUGGAAAAAGAUUCAAAUGGUAACUGGAUUGAACUCCCUUUAAUAAAUAAGUGUGUUUCCAUGCUACAAGCUUUGUUGUUGGAUGAGUCUGGACUUGGUGGUGGCCUUGGUAUUGGAGGAGGUUCUGGUACAGGGAUGGGAGGCAUGGCGGCUCUUUAUCAGUUGUUGGAUAGUGACCAACCUUUCUUGUGUAUGCUUCGGAUGAUACUUGUUUCCAUGAGGGAAGAAGAUGAUGGUGAAAGUAAUAUGCUUACAAGGAAUCUUAGUGUCGAUGAAGGGUCAUUUGAAGAUAAGAUUGUUCCAUCAUCAUUAGAAAAUAGUCCACGGACAUCAAUGAGGCAGCCCCGCUCUGUAUUAUUGUGGAGCGUGCUUUCACCCCUCUUGAACAUGCCAAUUUCCGAGUCCAAGCGACAGAGAGUGUUGGUUGCAUCCUCCGUCUUAUAUUCCGAGGUGUGGCAUGCAGUUAGCAGAGACAGGGUCCCUCUCAGAAAACAGUAUCUAGAAGCUAUUUUGCCUCCCUUUGUUUCUAUUUUAAGGAGAUGGCGACCUUAUUUAGCUGGAAUUCAUGAGCUUGUUGCCACCGAUGGUUUAAAUCCUCUGGCUGUCGAUGACCCAGCCCUAGCUGCUGAUGCACUGCCUAUAGAGGGUGCUCUUGCUAUGAUCUCACCUGGAUGGGCUGCUGCUUUUGCAUCUCCACCUGCUGCAUUGGCUCUAGCAAUGAUUGCUGCAGGUGCUGGUGGAGGUGAAGCUGCUACUCCUGCAACAGCCGUGCAUCAUCUAAAACGUGACUCUUCUGUAGUCGAUAGAAAGCCAGUUAGACUUCAAUCUUUUUCUAGCUUUCGAGAACCAAUGGAGGCACCUAACAAGUCGUCGUCAUCAUCAUCAUCAUCAUCUGUAAAAGACAAGGCUGCUGCAAAAGCAGCAGCACUAGCUGCUGCUCGUGAUCUUGAACGCAAUGCAAAGAUUGGUUCUGGAAGAGGUUUGAGUGCUGUUGCAAUGGCUACAGCUGCACAAAGACGGAAUAGAAGUGAUAUGGAUCGUGUAAAGAGAUGGAAUGUUUCUGAAGCAAUGGGAACCGCUUGGAUGGAAUGUUUGCCAUCUGCUGACAACAAACCAGUUUAUAAGAAAGAUCUCAAUGCUCUUUCGUAUAAAUUUAUUGCAGUUUUAGUCGGAAGCUUAGCUCUAGCAAGAAACUUGCAACGAUCAGAGGUUGAUAGACGGGCUCAAGUUGAUUCCAUUGCUAGGCAUCGUGCACUCACUGGCAUACGCGCCUGGCGGAAACUCAUCCAUUACUUGAUAGAAACAAAAUGUCUCUUUGGGCCCAUCAGUGAAAAUCUUUACAAUCCUGAGCGAAUUUUCUGGAAGCUAGAUCACAUGGAAAGUUCUACAAGGAUGCGGACAUGUCUGAGGAGGGAUUUUGAGGGAUCGGAUCAUUUUGGUGCUGCUGCAGAUUUUGAAGAUCAUGUGGAACCGAAACAUGAUAAAGAGACUGUAGUCAGUCCUAAAGCUUCUAUUUUGCCUUCAGAAGCUAUUUCAAUAGAAUUAGUCAAUGAGGAUGAUGAACAAGAAGAUUUUAGUAAUGUGGAGGGAAAGACGGAUGAUAUUCAAACAAGGCAAUCUGGGAAUGCAGAGCAGCCAUUGCAAGUGCCAGAUUCUACAGCGUCUCAAGUUGGGAAUGAUGAAGAUUUUGGGAGUUCAUCAUCAGUUGGCCCUGGUUAUAUUCCAAGUGAGGAUGACGAAAGAGUUAUUCUUGAGAUUUCAGCAUCUAUGGUCCGGCCAUUAAAGGUUUGGCAAGGAACAUUUCAGAUAACAACGAAAAAGAUCAACUUUCUUCUUAACAAAUCUGAGGGCAAUGUCCUUGAGGAUGGAUUGGAUAAUAAAACUGAAAGCAAAGUUGAAGAUAAGGAUCGGAGUUGGUUAAUGUCUUCUCUUCAUCAAGUAUACAGCAGGAGAUAUCUUCUAAGAAGAAGUGCUCUGGAAUUGUUUAUGGUUGACCGGUCAAAUUUCUUCUUUGAUUUUGGGACUAUGGAGGGUAGGAGGAGUGCAUACCGAGCCAUUGUUCAAGCACAUCCUUCUCAUCUGAACAAUAUAUACUUGGCUACCCAGAGACCGGAUCAACUUCUCAAAAGGACUCAACUUAUGGAACGUUGGGCAAGAUGGGAGAUCAGCAACUUCGAAUAUCUUAUGCAACUCAACACACUGGCUGGGCGUAGUUAUAAUGACAUCACUCAGUACCCUGUUUUCCCAUGGAUUCUUUCGGAUUACAAAUCAACGCAUUUGGAUCUUGCGAACCCCUCAUCUUACCGAGAUCUAUCGAAGCCUGUUGGAGCACUAAAUGAUGAUCGGUUGAAAAAGAUUCAGGAGAGAUACUACAGCUUCAACGAUACUGUCAUACCCAAGUUCCAUUACGGUUCCCAUUAUUCAAGUGCCGGGACAGUCUUGUAUUAUCUCAUGCGAGUGGAGCCAUUUACUACUCUCUCAAUUCAAUUACAAGGUGGAAAGUUUGAUCAUGCAGACAGAAUGUUUUUAGAUAUUCCUGCUACUUGGAAUGGUGUUAUGGAGGACAUGAGUGACGUGAAAGAAUUGGUUCCUGAGCUGUUUUACCUUCCAGAGAUAUUAUUAAAUGAGAAUUCGAUUGAUUUUGGUACCACGCAACUUGGAGAUAAGCUAGAUUGUGUUAAGCUUCCUCCUUGGGCCGAAAACCCUGUUGAUUUUGUGCAUAAGCAUCGCAUGGCUCUUGAGAGUGAGCAUGUCUCUGCACAUUUACAUGAAUGGAUAGAUCUCAUAUUCGGGUAUAAGCAGCGAGGAAAAGAAGCUAUUUCAGCAAACAAUGUAUUCUUUUACAUCACAUAUGAAGGGACUGUAGAUAUAGACAAAAUCACGGAUCCAGUCCAACAACGCGCUAUGCAAGAUCAAAUUGCUUACUUUGGACAAACCCCGUCACAACUUUUAACUACUCCUCACAUAAAAAAGAUGCCACUUCCAGAUGUUCUUCAAAUGCAGACCAUCUUUCGAAAUCCAGAAGAAGUGAAACCAUACAACGUUUCAUCCCCAGAGCGAUGCAAUCUACCUGCUUCUGCUAUUCGGGCAUUUUCAGAUUCUCUUGUGAUUGUUGAUACGGAUGCUCCAGCAGCUCAUAUAGCACAACACAGGUGGCAACCAAAUACACCAGAUGGGCAAGGAACACCGUUCCUGUUUCAACAUGCCAAGGCUACUGCAAGCUCAAGUGGUGGAAGUUUCAUGCGUAUGUUUAAAGGACCAUCAGUGUCUGGAUCAGAGGAGUGGCUAUAUCCACAGGCUCUUGCGUAUGCAGCACCAGGUCUUAGAAGCUCUUCCAUUGUCUGCAUCACACAUGACAAUGAAAUUAUCACAGGUGGACACGUGGACAACAGUGUGAGACUAAUAUCAUCAGAUGCUGCAAAAACCCUAGAAAUAGCUCGAGGCCAUUCCGCACCCGUAACAUGCAUGUCUCUCUCACCCGACAGCAACUACCUCGUCACCGGUUCCCGAGACACAAUGGUCCUUGUCUGGCGGAUCCACCAAUCCACUGACCCUCAAAAAACCAGCAUCUCCGAAUCACCACCCCCCUCCACCACACCAACUUCCGCUAAAUCCACAAACAACAACCUACUUUCAUCAGGCAAACGCCGCAUCGAGGGUCCCGUCCAGGUCAUCCGGGGGCAUUUUGGGGAAGUGGUUUGUUGCUGUGUUGAUUCCGAUCUUGGAGUCGUUGCUUCAUGUUCUGAUUCAUCGGAUGUUUUGCUUCAUUCGGUGAGUCGGGGUCGGUUGCUUAGGAGGCUUGAUGGUGUGAAGGCACACAUGGUUUGCCUUUCACCAGCUGGCGUUGUGGUGACUUGGAAUCGGUUGUCCUGUACUCUCUCGACUCAUACGCUUAAUGGGAAGAUGAUUGCUCGAGCCCAGAUUCCGGGAUCAUGCACCGUUAGCUGUAUGGAGGUUUCUUCUGAUGGACAAAGUCUUUUGAUUGGGUUGAAUUCGUCUUCCGGAAAUGAUGAUUUCAGCAGUAUCCGGUCCAAAAGGGAAGAAACUGAAGGUGUUGAUGGUGAUGAUGUUGAGUUGAAUGAAUAUGGUGAAGUUGAAAGAUUGGAGUUUACAUCUCCUUCGGUUUGCUUCCUUAAUCUUCAUACGCUUGAGGUAUUUCACAGUUUGCAGCUGAAAGAAGGGCAAGAUAUAACAGCAAUUGCGAUGAAUAAGGACAACACAAAUCUCUUGGUUUCAACAGCCGACAAGCAAUUGAUUGUCUUCACAGAUCCUGCUUUGAGCUUGAAGGUGGUAGAUCAGAUGUUGAAGCUUGGUUGGGAGGGUGAUGGGCUUAGUCCAUUCAUGAAAUAACUCUUUUUGGUCCUGCUACUACUAGUUGAGUAAUGAGGUUGAGUCAACACAUUAUUUUCUUCAAUGAUUUCCUUUGUGGUGUAACAUAAACAUAUAAUAGGUGAGGUGAGGCGAGGCAAGGCAACAAGUUGUUGGUGAUGGUAUAUAUAAACUAGAAAACUAUACAUCUAGAUGUACAAUAAUAGACUGACCUACACGUUAUGUUAUGUGGUAUUUGAGUUUGGUGUUGUAAAUUUUGAGGUUGUGCACUUUUUGAUGUAAAACUAGAUGAUGGAUGAUGGAUAUGAUGUUUUGCUAUUUGUGAAAGAAAGCUGAUUACUACA